AUGCUGUCUCGACUCAGGCGUUUCAUCAGGGUAGAUCCCAUCCCCAACACCGGUUCCGUGGCUCGCGAUCUCCUUGCCUCGGAGAGAACCUUCCUCGCUUGGGCUCGAACCGGACUCGGAUUCAUUGCUCUGGGUGUCGCGCUGGAGAAGGUGGAAGCCUUUGCGGCUCUGUCGCCCACAUUAUUUCACCUCAAAGACUCGAGGACGAAACUUGCGGCCGGCGUCCUCGUCGCGAGCGGGAGCUUAUGCGUUGGCCACGGAACGCUGCGCUACUUCUCGACUUUGCGUCUGUUACGGGAAGGGAAGUUCAGACCCAACACUGGCGGGAUAAGCCUCAUGGCGAUGACUUGCAUUGGGAUCGCGGUGGCUGGAAGUAUUCUGGUAAUAGAGAACGAAGCAGAGCAGGAAAGAGCACGGGAGAAAGAGAAGCAAAAGAUGUGA